AUGUUAGAGGCUGGAGCAACUGCUUUGGUAACAUUUGUAUUCCUCGCCUUUGCAUCAUGGUGCGUAGGUGAAGGUGGUGAAAUACUUGGCAAGAAGUACGAUGCAUCUAUCAUUGGAGGUUUGCUGAUAGCAUGGUUGAACACAGCACCCGAAGCUAUAUUCUUUGUAACAGCUCUGUCCAGUGGCAAUGUUAGAUUCGCCGUUGGUGCUGUCAGUGGCAGCUCAAUAGUUGUGUGUACUAUUGCACUUGGAUGUUGUAUUUGGAUUGGAACAAAGAAUAGAAGGGGAGGAUUGGUACAGCUACAGCCACCUGUUAGAAGACAGUGCCUUAUAUUGAUGCUAUCUCUAUUCAUUCCUCUGACACUGGCAAUGUUUGGCUUCAGCAUGAUUCUUGGAUUCGCUGGCGUUGGAUUCUAUCUAAUGUUCAUCUUGAACUCAUUGUUCUAUAAGCUGCCCGAGGUUGAGAAGGAGGACGACCUGGAGGCGGCGCACGAUGAGGAUGAGGAGGACGAGCAUGCCAAUGACUCGCUGGCCAAGGGCGUGGCAAUGCUGGUGCUUGGCGGCGCACUCAUCUGUUUCUUUAGCAAGCCUUUCAUCGACUCGGUUGUGGAACUGGCGUCAUCGCUGGACGUCAAUCCCAUUCUGCUGGCAUUCUUCCUGGCGCCCAUUGCCAGUGAGAUGCCCGAGAUCCUCGAGUCGAUAUCGCUGUCGAGGAAGGGCAAUUCGCAAUCGAUCAACAUUGCAUUCUCCAACCUCAUUGGUGGCACUAUCUCCAAGACGUCAUUCCUGAUGGGCGUGUUCUGCUUCUACGGCACCGUCUACACCUUUGAAUGGGAGUCGCCCACAUACACCCUGAGCAUCAUUCUCAUCAUCAUGUGCUCACUCUGCGCUGGUGCCAUUGGAUACUUUGCCAACAAACUUCAAUCAUACCAUGGCCUACUACUCUUUGCACUCUUUGCCGUCACUGGUCUCACUCAAUACUAUAACAAUGUAUCAAUCGAGACAUUACAGAUAUAA